AUGAUCCAGGAGGUGUGUGGCUUUGCACCCUACGAGCGAAGGGCCAUGGAGCUGCUCAUGGUCUCCAAGGACAAGCGGGCGCUUAAGUUCAUCAAGAAGCGGGGCGACGUGCGCUGGCGGCGCCUCUUCUCCUCCACCCACUUCUUCCUGCGCGUGGACCCGGGCGGCCGAGUGCAGGGCACCCGCUGGCGCCACAGCCCCGACAGCGUGGUGGAGAUCCGCUCGGUCCGCGUGGGAGUCGUGGUCAUCAAAGCCGUCUACGCAGGCUUCUACGUGGCCAUGAACCGUAGAGGCCGACUCUACGGGUCUCGAGUCUACACUGGCGACUGCAGGUUCCGCGAGCGCAUCCAGGAGAAUGGCUUCAACACCUACGCUGCGCUGCGCUGGCGCCACCGCGGACGGCCCAUGUUCCUGGCACUGGAUGGGCGCGGGGCCCCCCGGCGCGGCAGCCGGACGCGGCGCCACCACCUGUCCACCCAUUUCCUGCCCGUGCUGGUGUCUUGA